AUGGUGGGUAAAGGUGUGACCGUGGACACAGCGAUGGAGAAAGCCGGGGGUGACACGCCCGGGAGCCCUGAGCCGUCCUUCCUGGCGACUCUGGGUGACCCACAGGUGACCCUCGUGUCCGUCCACAAGCGGUGGUCCUUCAGGAGGAAUCCUGGGACCGGGGGCUCCACCAGGCCAGUGACUUCGGAGGAGGAAGGAGAGUUUUCACAGAAGGUUUUGAAUGGAACACGGGGAAUCCGUUCCAAUCAGAUCCUGUCUAAACAUUCUUUGCCCGCUCGUGUCUGGGAGCCAGCAAUGCAGCAGAAGCAGAGUUUCGCCUUUGACAAUGUUGGCUACGAAGGUGGUCUGGACAGCGUGUGCCCCUCUCAGACGACCACCGGCACCAUCAGCAUUUCGGGCAUGACUUGCCAGUCGUGUGUAAAGUCUAUCGAGGGCAGGAUUUCGAGUUUGAAAGGCAUCGUGAGCAUUAAGGUUUCCCUGGAACAAGGCAGCGCGACUGUGAUCUAUGUGCCGUCGGUCCUGAGCCUGCCGCAGGUUUGCCGUCACGUCGAGGACAUGGGCUUCGAGGCCAGCAUCACAGAAGGAAAGGCCGCCUCCUGGCCCUCGAGAUCCUCGUCUGCCCUGGAGGCCACGGUCAAGCUCCGGGUGGAGGGCAUGACCUGCCAGUCCUGUGUCAGCUCCAUCGAAGGCAGGCUGGGGAAGCUGCAAGGGGUAGUGAGGGCCCGAGUCUCCCUUGGCACCCAGGAGGCAGUCAUUACUUACCAGCCUUAUCUCAUUCAGCCCCAAGACCUCAGGGACCACGUAAACGACAUGGGAUUUGAAGCUGUCAUCAAGAACAGAGUGGCACCCGUAAGCCUGGGACCAAUUGAUAUUGGGCGGUUACAGAGGACCAACCCAAAGACCCCUUUGACGUCUGGUACCCAGAAUCUCAAUAACUCUGAGACCUUGGGGCACCAAGGGAGCCGUGUGGUCACCCUGCAACUGAGAGUAGAUGGAAUGCACUGUAAAUCUUGUGUCCUGAAUAUUGAAGAAAAUAUAGGCCAACUCCCAGGGGUUCAAAGUAUUCAAGUGUCCUUGGAGAACAGAAUUGCCCAAGUACAGUUUGACCCUUCUCUUGUCACCCCCGAGGCCCUGCAGAGGGCCAUUGAGGCUCUUCCUCCUGGGAACUUUCAAGUUUCUCUUCCUGAUGGAGCAGCGGGGAGUGGCACCGAUAACAGGCCUUCCACGCAUCUCGCCUCCGCCCCCGCCCCCGCCCCCGCCCCUGCCCAGGGAACCCGGAUGCAGGGCCUGUGCAGUACCGUGGUGCUUGCCAUUGGUGGCAUGACCUGUGCGUCCUGCGUCCAGUCCAUUGAAGGCCUGCUCUCCCGCAGGGAAGGGGUGCGGCGAGUAUCAGUCUCACUGACUGAAGGGACUGGAGUGGUGCUCUAUGAUCCCUCUGUAAUUAACCCGGAAGGACUCCGAGCUGCUGUUGAAGAAAUGGGAUUCAAGGCGUCAGUCGUUUCUGAAAACUGUUACAGCAACCAUGUUGGAAACUGCAGCGCAGGUAAUUCCACAGUGCACACCACAGCUGGCGGACCUGUGUCUGUGCAGGGAACGGCUCCCCACGCUGGGGGGCUCCCUGAGAACCACAACCCCGGCAGCUCGUCAAAGUCCCUGCAGGCCUCUACAGCAGUGGCACCACAGAAGUGCUUUUUACAGAUCACAGGCAUGACCUGUGCAUCCUGUGUGUCUAACAUAGAGAGAAACCUUCAGAAAGAGGCAGGUAUUCUCUCGGUGCUGGUCGCCUUGAUGGCUGGAAAGGCAGAGGUUAAGUACAAUCCGGAAGUCAUCCAGCCGCUGGAGAUAGCUCAGCUCAUCCAGGACUUGGGCUUUGAGGCUGCGGUAAUGGAAAACUACACAGGCUCAGAUGGUGACCUUGAGCUGAUCAUCACGGGCAUGACCUGUGCAUCCUGUGUUCACAACAUAGAGUCCAAACUCACCAGAACGAACGGCAUCACCUACGCCUCUGUGGCCCUUGCCACCAGCAAAGCCCACGUGAAGUUUGAUCCUGAAAUGAUUGGUCCGCGGGAUAUUGUCAAGAUUAUCGAGGAAAUCGGCUUUCAUGCUUCCCCGGCCCAGAGAAAUCCCAACGUGCAUCACUUGGACCACAAGGCGGAAAUAAAGCAGUGGAAGAAGUCUUUUCUGUGCAGCCUGAUGUUUGGCAUCCCUGUUAUGGGUUUAAUGAUCUAUAUGUUGGUGCCCAGCAACGAGCCCCACGAGACAAUGGUCCUGGACCACAAUAUCGUUCCAGGACUGUCCAUUCUAAAUCUCAUCUUCUUUAUCCUGUGCACCUUCGUCCAGCUCCUUGGCGGGUGGUACUUCUACAUCCAGGCCUACAGAUCUCUGCGGCACGGGGCGGCCAACAUGGACGUGCUCAUCGUGCUGGCCACGAGCAUCGCCUAUACCUACUCAGUCAUCAUCCUGGUGGUGGCCGUGGCUGAGAAGGCGGAGAGAAGCCCCGUGACCUUCUUUGACACCCCCCCCAUGCUCUUUGUGUUCAUUGCCCUGGGCCGGUGGCUGGAACACGUGGCGAAGAGCAAAACCUCAGAAGCCCUUGCCAAACUCAUGUCUCUCCAAGCCACAGAAGCCACCGUUGUGACCCUUGGUGAGGACAACUUGAUCAUCAGAGAGGAGCAAGUACCCAUGGAGCUGGUGCAGCGGGGCGACGUCAUCAAGGUCGUCCCCGGCGGAAAGUUCCCGGUGGAUGGGAAAGUCCUGGAAGGCAGUACCAUGGCUGACGAGUCCCUCAUCACAGGAGAAGCCAUGCCUGUUACUAAGAAACCCGGAAGCACAGUGAUUGCUGGGUCUAUAAACGCACAUGGCUCUGUGCUCAUUAACGCCACCCACGUGGGCAAUGACACCACUUUGGCUCAGAUUGUGAAAUUAGUAGAAGAGGCUCAGAUGUCAAAGGCACCCAUUCAGCAACUGGCUGACCGGUUUAGUGGAUAUUUUGUCCCAUUUAUCAUCAUCAUUUCAACGUUGACGUUGGUGGUAUGGAUUAUAAUCGGUUUUAUCGAUUUUGGUGUUGUUCAGAAAUACUUUCCUACCCCCAACAAGCACAUCUCCCAGACAGAGGUGAUCAUCCGGUUUGCGUUCCAGACAUCCAUCACGGUGCUCUGCAUUGCGUGCCCCUGCUCGCUGGGCUUGGCCACACCCACGGCGGUCAUGGUGGGCACCGGGGUGGCCGCCCAGAAUGGCAUCCUCAUCAAGGGAGGCAAGCCUCUGGAAAUGGCCCACAAGAUAAAGACUGUGAUGUUUGACAAAACUGGCACCAUUACCCACGGGGUCCCCAAGGUCAUGAGGGUCCUCCUGCUCGUGGAUGUGGCCACGCUGCCCCUCAGGAAGGUUCUUGCUGUGGUGGGGACUGCGGAGGCCAGCAGCGAGCACCCCCUGGGUGUGGCAGUCACCAAGUACUGUAAAGAGGAGCUGGGAACAGAGACCUUGGGGUACUGCACAGACUUCCAGGCGGUGCCAGGCUGCGGAAUUGGCUGUAAAGUCAGCAACGUGGAGGGCAUCCUGGCCCACGGCAAGCGCCAGUGGAGCACACAGGCUGGGGUCUCGAACGGCGUUGGCGGUGUCCCUGAGGAGACAGAUGCAACCCCCCAGACCUUCUCUGUGCUGAUUGGGAACCGCGAAUGGAUGAGGCGCAACGGCUUAACCAUUUCCAGCGACAUCAGUGACACUAUGACAGAUCACGAGAUGAAAGGCCAGACAGCCAUCCUGGUGGCCAUUGAUGGCGUGCUCUGCGGGAUGAUUGCCAUCGCGGAUGCUGUCAAGCAGGAGGCAGCCCUGGCCGUGCACACGCUGAAGAGCAUGGGCGUGGACGUGGUUCUGAUCACUGGGGACAACCGGAAGACGGCCAGAGCCAUUGCCACCCAGGUUGGCAUCAACAAAGUCUUUGCAGAGGUGCUGCCUUCUCACAAGGUGGCCAAGGUCCAGGAGCUCCAGAAUGAAGGGAAGAGAGUCGCCAUGGUGGGAGAUGGGGUCAACGACUCGCCGGCCUUGGCCCGGGCCGACGUGGGCAUUGCCAUCGGGACAGGCACAGAUGUCGCCAUUGAGGCUGCUGACGUUGUCCUCAUCAGAAACGACUUGCUCGAUGUGGUGGCGAGCAUUCACCUCUCCAAGAGGACCGUCUGGAGAGUACGACUCAAUCUGGUGCUGGCAUUGAUUUAUAAUCUGAUCGGGAUACCCAUCGCGGCAGGGGUCUUCAUGCCCAUCGGCAUCGUGCUACAGCCGUGGAUGGGCUCAGCAGCCAUGGCAGCCUCCUCCGUGUCUGUGGUUCUCUCGUCGCUGCAACUCAAGUGCUAUAAGAAGCCCGACCUGGAGAGGUAUGAGGCCCAGGCCCAGGGCCGCAUGAAGCCCCUGACUGCGUCCCAGGUCAGCGUGCACGUUGGCAUGGAUGACCGGCGACGGGACUCACCGAGGGCCACGCCCUGGGACCAGGUCAGCUACAUCAGCCAGGUGUCUCUGUCCUCACUGAAGUCGGACAGGCUGUCUCGGCACAGUGCUGGGGCUGACGACAGUGGGGACAAAUGGUCUCUGCUCCUGAAUGACAGAGAUGAGGAGCAGUGCAUCUGA